AUGAGUGAUCCAAAGUAUGCAUAUCCUUAUCCGGCACCAGGAAACUACCCGCAAGGUCCGCCGCCGCCAGUGGGAGUACCUCCGCAGUAUUAUCCUCAGCCGCCUGUGGGAGUACCGCCGCAGUAUUAUCCUCCGCCACCGCCACCUGCACCACCACAGCGGAAACCUGGUUUUCUUGAAGGACUAUUAGCGGCUCUGUGUUGUUGCUGUUUGGUGGAUGAAUGCUGCUGUGACCCGACCAUUAUAUGCAUCGAUUAA